AUGGACCUCGAUAUGCCCGAACUCGCGAACUACUGCAUGCGUACAAUCUUCGCAAACCGUGGAAACCCGAGACGCAAGAAACUCCUGGACUUCAUGGAAGACCACAUACGAAGACGCGGACCUCUCACACCGGAAGCCAUGAACCUUUGCUUUCUCGGAUCCGAGAGCUUCAAGGAGGAUUCGGUCAAUGCUAUUCUGGGCAGCGAAGACUUCACUAUGUGGAUCUUUGGUCUGGGUGACUUUCAGCAUGGAGACCGUCAGGCCGUUUUGCCCACCCACUUCAGCCAACAGCAUAAGUACUUGGUACCAGCGCCUGAGCGGAGAAUUGUCGAUAGGACACUACCUGUCACGGAAGGCAAUGUGGAUUCUGCCUCUGAAGCCCCUCGGUUGUUGCCGGAGGCUCGACAGGUGGUGGUUACGGGAGACAAUGGCAGCGUCGUUGAUUUGGUCUUCGAGCAGGCAGCUUAA